UUUCACGGAGCGUAUCCCUUUAACUCGCCCCGUGAAUCCACAAAGAACUCCAAAAUAUCCACGGGAAAUACUUCAUACCGGUGUGGAUACCUGUAGCCGUUGUACGAUCUUGUGAUAAAGUAGCCUAUCUCUUCGAGAUGGAUCCGGUUCAAAUUAGCUCUCGCUAGUGGUGAACACUCGAUGCAGCUCUCCUGAACCUGUCGGUUUUAUGGACUUCACUAUUAAUGAUGUCUAUGAGCUUCAUGCCUGAUAGUUUCAAUGCGCCAGAUCCGUCCAAGUCAGCGUUUUUAGAGUUUGGUCACGGACUCCCCACGCACCAGGCGCAGCACUCGCCCGGACUAUCGCACAAUCUUUAUCCUGUUCACGGGUUGCAGCCAGGCGGACACCUGCAGCACGAUGCUCCUUUCCAAUCUGCCGCCUACUCUUAUGGUCGAUCACUGGGUUACGCUUAUCCCGGCUCGGUGAGCUCGCACACCCCGAAUGCGUACGUGCCAUAUCAGCACAGCAACCAAAACAGCACAUUGACCCAUGCGAAAGUGGAAGAGCCCGAGCGCCUCGACAAGUCGACGGUCAUUGAAAACGGGGAGAUUCGGCUGAACGGGAAAGGGAAGAAGAUUCGCAAGCCGCGGACAAUUUACUCGAGCCUCCAGCUCCAGGCGCUGCACCAGCGCUUCCAGCAGACCCAGUAUCUCGCGCUGCCCGAGCGCGCUGACCUCGCGGCCAAAUUAGGGCUCACGCAGACGCAGGUGAAAAUAUGGUUUCAAAACAAGCGUUCAAAGUACAAGAAAAUCAUGAAGCACGGUUCCGUUGGACACGAGGGAGAGCACCUGCAUACCACGCCGUCACUGUCUCCGUGCUCACCGGGAUUACCCCAACUCUGGGAGGUGUCCAUGGGCAAUAAAACGGCACCUAUGCACCCGGGUGCCUACAUGAACAAUUUUGCACACUGGUACCCCUCGCCGUCUCAUCAUCAUCAUUCGGAGAACGUGAACAGACCACCGAUGAUGUGACUGUGCUUUUAUCUCAGAGAUUACGAGUUGUGGUCAACACGUACAGUAUCCGGCCAUUUUGAGUGUUUUUUUUUUUUUUUUCUCUCUCUCACCUCUACAGUGUCCAACCCUCACUAUAGUGGCAGUUGUCGAUUGAGUUUUGCGUUGUAAAUACAUGCGUGAUUGUUGUUGUUGUUUUUUAAAGAUUGUGCUUUUGGACUCAAGGUUUACUCACUUCUUGCAAUUCUGAAUAUUAAAAAGUUCCAAAUGUUUGUUAUCAUUUAACAGUCUUUGAAACAUUUUGAACGAAAUUGCCCUCUUUGGUUAUUGUAAAAGCCUCGAAUAAUCUACUGUGCAAUCCCAGCCAUUAUGACAAUAAACCACCGGGAUUUUUUACAACACACACUGCAUUUGACCUGACAUCUAUUGAUAGAUGACCGCAUAGUCCACUAGAAUGUCUCAGUGCAUGUAAAAAAAUACGUUUUACCAUAUAACUACAGUUAGGCUAUAUAUUAACAUAUUGCAUAGUCUAUCUUAGAUAUCCGAUUUUGUGAACAAACACACU